CUAUGCCUGGGCUGGCGAACGCGGUUAUAGCAAUUUUUUGGUUUUCAGAAUUAAAUAAAUAUAUAAAUGGCUGGUAAAAGGCAGGCUACAUCAGAUCUCAAUCAUCAAAACUGGGAUUUGGAGGAGGAGCCAGAAGAGCGUGGGACUUUUAAAACGGCAUCGGAGGAAGAGAUGAAAACGCGUGUUAUAAAAAAGGCCCGCCGCCCGCAAAUGAAUCGUCCUGAUUCUGAUGUUGAUGGCGUGGCCUCAGGGGACGCUCCUGGUCGAACCGAAAGUAAAAGUGUAUUUAGUGGUUUCUCUGGUUUUACAAAGCCGGCUGUAAAAACAGACUCUGCGUCUCCAUUUGCUUUUCUAAGCAAAUUGCCGGCGACGACUACUACUGAAUCAGUGAAACCGCUUUUCUCUUUAAUGGCUAGCUCGAACACCACAAGUCAAGACGAUAAGCCCAAGUCAGGAGCUCCAAUGUUUUCGUUUGGAGUGCAAAAAACAGAAUCAACAAGUACUGUAGGUACCGGCAUUCCCGCUUCAAUAUUUGGUAAUACAUCAUCAGCCAAGAAGGAAACUGAAACAGCAAAGGCAAUGGAAAUCCAGCCUCCAAAGGCAUCGGCUGCUGUGUUUCAGACAUCUUCCCAAGGUGAAAAGUCUUCAAUUGAGAAGCCAGGGAGUCACUCGGAGUAUUAUGAAAUGGUUGCGGACUUAAACUUCGCUGUUAUGCAAUUCCUAAAAGAAAAUAUGGACAAAUCUCCACAUUGUAUCCUUACACCCGUAUUCGACGACUACAAAAAGCAUUUAAAAGCGUUGCAAGAACGCAAUGGUGUUGAUAAUGAAGUGAAGGAGAUUGCGGCUACACCAGCAGCUCCCUCAAUUUCGUUUGGCAAGUCGUUGACUUCGGCUACCACAUCCGCCAACAUCUCACUUGCAACGACAUCCCCCAGCAAGAUGCCAAGCUGCACUGUUACAAGUGGCAGUGCCACAUCUACGACAAGCGCGAUGUUCUCGUUUUUAAAUACUCAAGCAGUAGCAAGCAGCACAUCUGCUUCGCCAUCAAGCACUGUUGGUAAAACAUCAACUACUUCAUCGAACAUCUUUAGCUUUGGUGCCAAGUCAUCGGCUGGCUCUGAACAGAAAACUGAAGAUUCGCCCAAACCUGGAUUUUUCAGUUUCGGCGCCUCAAAAGAUUCAACUACUAAGCCUGCUGCAUCACCUCCCAAAACGAAUGGUUUCAGCUUUGGCUUAAAAAGCGAUAAGCCAAGCACAUCGACCAUCUCGUUUUCCAAGGUUUCAAACGACGAUAAGCCAAGUACAUCGACAUUCUCGUUCUCAAAGGCUUCAAAUGAGGUGGAAAAGCCAUCAACAAGUGGCUUCUCAUUCACACCCGGUGCCACGUCUUUUUCUUUUGGCAUAAAACCGGCGCAAUCGACCACAGAUCAGCAGGCUGGGACGACUAACACAAAUGGCGGUGCUGAUGAUGAGGAUGAAACCCCACCGAAAGUGGAAUUUAAACAGGUGACGGAAGACGAUGCCACCUAUUCGAAGCGCUGCAAAGUGUUUGUCAAAAAGGACAACGAUUUUGUUGAUAGAGGUGUGGGAACUUUGUACUUAAAGCCCGUGAAGGAUUCGGUCAAGACACAGAUGCUUGUACGUGCCGACACAAAUCUAGGCAAUAUUCUGGUCAAUCUUAUACUGACGGAAGGUUUGCCCUGUCAGCGUAUGGGCAAGAACAAUGUUAUGAUGGUGUGUGUCCCGACCGCUGAUGAUUCAAAACCAACACCCCUAUUACUGCGUGUCAAAUCCGGCGAUGAAGCUGACGAACUGUUGGAGCAGAUAAAGAAGCACAUUAAAUGAAGGAAUAUUUGCCAUUUGCAAAAAAUAUACAUGUACACAUAUGUUAGUUGUAUUUGAUUUGAUCGUACGAAAAUACAAACAAUGAGGAUUACAUUAUUCUAGAGCCGGAACCACAUAUUUUGGCUCUUCAAGUUCA